GGGACCCCACAGAUUCUUCCUCCUCUUGCAGUCACUGCUGCUCCUGCUCCAGCCUUGCUGCACCGCCAUGCAGCCACAGCACUUCCUCCUCUUCCUCUCUCUCCCCUUCCUCCUCCCGGGAUCUGGGCAGACCCAAAGGACCUUCCCAUCCCCAUCCUCUCUUCCUGCAGAGCUGCAGGUUUACCGACUGCUCCAGACCAGCCUCUUCAACGACAGCUCUGCCGAGGUGUUCGCAGUGGCACUCCUGGGGGACGUGGCCAUCUACGUGAUGGAUCCUGCUGACUGGAGCAUCCACUACCGCUGGCCCUGGGCCCGUCAGGCUGCAUCUGAGGGCGAUGUGGUGAAGAUCAAGUCCCACUGGAAACUCUUUAUGCGCAAUAUGAUCCAAUAUGUGCGUGAAUUGGCCCAUAAAAUGCAAGUGGACUACCCAUUGGUGAUCCAGAUCCAUGCAGGCUGUGUGCUGCACCCCAACGGGACGAGCUGGGGAUUCAUUGAUGUUGGGGAGGGCGGCGAAGACCUCAUAGCUUUCAAGAUGGAGAAGAAGCAGUGGGAGCCCCAGCAGCAGUCCCUGUUCGCAGACCUGGUCAAUGAGUCCCUCAACAGCAAAAAGGCCAUCACGGGGCUACUGGAGCACAUCCUUUCUAUCUCCUGCCCGAGCCAUGUCCUCAGCCUGUGCAGCUACGGGAAGGCAACUCUAGAGAGACAAGUGCCGCCCGUGGCCACGGUCUUUGCCCGCACACCCAGCCCAGCCCAGCUCCUGCUUGUUUGCCGCGUCACUGGCUUCUACCCACAGCCCAUCAGCGUGACCUGGCUGCGGGAUGGCCAGGAGGUGCCACCAGGCCCAGAGCUCAACACCAGCGCCAUCCUGCCUAAUGCUGACCUCACCUACCAGCUCCGCAGCAUCCUGGUCGUGGCACCACAGGAUGGGCACAGCUAUGCCUGCCGUGUGCGCCACCGCAGCCUGGGCAGCCGCAGCCUCCUCAUCCCAUGGGAAAACCACAGUUCUAGUCCAACCAUUAGCAUCGUCAUCGCAGUGCUGCUCCUUGUGGUGGCAGCCUAUGCCAUGGCCAUUUGGUGGUGGAAGCGCAGGAAAGGUGAGGAGGCCACAUAGGAGACCCAACAAUUCAUCAUUUGAAGCCUGGCUGACUGCCCAGCAAUGAGGCCCCCACCACUGGCUCUCUGUAUUCAUCUCAACUUGCAACCGUGACCCAUCAGCACCAAAA